AUGUCUUCCGAAAAUGACAUUGUAGAACUUGCUGUGGACAAAUCUCAGGCUCGACUUUACGCAGUAGCCAACUUCUCUCUGAACAGGACAGUCAUUAGUACAGACGGCGUCUUCCAGUUUAUACAAAAAGGAUGUAAUGUGUUAAGUCCAAAGUGUGUAGCUGUACUUUCAAUAGUCACCUGUCCAUUGGUCAGCGCCAUGGAUUUCUGGGCGGGAAAGCACUCCGUUCCUCAUGUGGUCUACCCGAUAGACGCAGACAACUGUGGUAGCCUGACACCGAACAGCCUGCAAUUAUCUGCCCAUGGCCAAGUUCACAGUCAGAUCUUAAGGACUCUUAUUCAGCGAAUCUGGGGAUGGAGAGAAGUCGUCUUCAUUUUUGAUGAUUUUCUAGAGCCUGAGACCAGGUUUAGGAUAUCUUUAAUGUUGUCGGACAUCUCAGUGACCAGUUGCUCUGUCCGAAUCAACGAUCAGUUGGCCAACGAGACGUUACAGAACAUUCUAAAAGCGGUCAGUGACAUGAGACACGUGAUAGUUGCAGUGACCUCCAACAUGCUGUCAAUCAUUUUCCAACAGGCCAAGAGACAAGGUCUCCUGACUCGAUUUUACAAAUGGGUUGUACUGUCCAACACCACAUGCGACGAGGCGCUCAACACUUCCGUCCUGGUGGACAGUAACUUGCUGUACUUACGACCAACCCACCUGGACAUGACAAGCUCAAAGCACUCCUGUCAGUUUCCUUUCACUCCCUUGGAAGAGAAUGUCGCAGCAAGAAGUCAUCUGAUAUCGGCCGGUAUUGAAGCCGUCAUUGGUGCUCUGGCGCAAGAAGAACUGCUGCUAGAGGUCGGUAACGAAGACGUCUGUGAUCAACAACAGGCCGCAAAAAGAGUGAAAGCGAUGCAGCUGGCCAAGAAAACAGCCGUGGAGACAGCCGAAGGACGAGUGACUUUUGAUUCUCUAUCUGGUCGAGUAAACAGUUUCGGAUUUGAGUUUUGCAGUUCAGAUAACACAAACCCUUCAGGCUACAGUUCUCUUGGUUCUUGGAGUCCAUCGUCCAUUGAAACAAUGAAGAAAGACACAAAUUUGUUUAAAAAUGCUUUUGGUGACUUUAGAGGUAAAACUCUACUGAUUGGUGGCAUGGAGGUUAGUCAGAAACUUUUUGGACAGAAGGAUGCCAGACCUUUCCUCCUGAAGACUAAACGCGGUAAUAGCACUGGGGCCUUUGAUGGCUUCUGUGUCUCCAUUCUACAAGAACUUGCGGUUAGAUUGAACUUCUCAUAUAAAAUUGUGGAGCCUCCAGACAUGUUGUGGGGUGCGCCUAUUGGGAAUGGCACAUGGAAUGGUCUCAUAGGCAUGGUCAUGAGAGGCGAAAUAAAUUUUGUCAUCGGCCCUCUGACCAUUACAUCUUCAAGAGCUGCAGUCAUCGACUUCACCACACCAUACAUGGAGGACGGGACAGGUAUACUGACCAAGAAGCCAGAUCCGGAUUCAGAUACUGUCAGCGGAUUCUUCCGACUUUUCAAAGCCAUGAAACCAAUGGUAUGGGCGUGUCUAUGUGGUUCAGUCAUUGGCGUUUCGUUAAUCAUCUAUCUCGUCGACCGGUGGAGUCCAUUCUCGGAGAGACGGAGUUCUAAGAUGGACGACACCCCAGUAUCAUCAUUCUUUUACAGUUUCUGGUCAGCGUUGGGGUCAAUGCUAGCUCAAGGCUCAGAGUAUCAGCCAAAGUCCAGCUCAGCACGAGUGAUUCUUGGUUUCUGGUGGCUGUUCACCAUUAUCCUAGUCUCCACAUAUACAGCUAACAUGACGGCUGUUCUGACUGUUACAAUACGCGAACAGCCGAUCAACAGCAUCACGGAGCUAGCUGGUCAAUCUCAAGUCAAGCCGCUGGUCAAGCUAGGGACAAACUUGUACACAUUAUUUGAGGAAGCUAAGGACAAUAUCUAUCAAACCAUCUGGAAGAUGAUGUCUGGUAAUGAGGCCAAGGCCAGAACAAACCAAGAGGCGCUAGCAUUUGUUAAGACCGGAAAAUAUGCUUUUCUUACUGACAGAUCUCAACUUGAAUAUAUUGUCAAAAAUGAUUGUUUGACCUACGCCCUAGCUGAGGAUGUCUUCAAUACUGCUGGCAUGGGUUUUGUCUUACCAAAGAAUGCUGAGUUUCUGAAAUCAGUCGACGAUAUUAUCAUGAAGCUGAAAGAGUCGGGUAUCAUUGAUGGCUGGAGAAGGCAGUGGUGGGCCGGAGGCAGCAAGUGCAGUGAGGCUGAUAGAGUCAGCACUGUCAGUCAGCUGGAUCUCAAAUACCUGGCAGGGCCUUUCAUAGUCUUUCUGGCAGCUAUGGCAGCUAGUAUUGUUGUGGUCAUCCUGGAAAAAUGUCUGACAACCAGAUGCAGUAGUACAAAGCUAGAGAACCAAUGAAACAGAUUCAAGUAUAAAGAAAUGCAGGUUGAAAAGAAACUCUUCACAUUUAAAGUCAACAAUGUCUUAUCUGAUAUGCAAAAAUUAAUACAAAAAUGUGUAAAACAAAAACUGACAAAUUUGUUUGCUUAAGUCUUUACCACACCACUCG